CUGCCUGCCCCGCGCCCGGGCUCUUACUCUCGCAAAGGAGAGCAGGUGCCCGGACAGGCAGCCCGAGGGAUGCUGCGCUCCACGUCCACCGUCACCCUGCUCUCUGGCGGCGGCGCCCCGGGGCCCGGGGCACCCAGCAGGCGGGCAAAUGUCUGCAGACUACGCCUCACUGUGCCUCCCGAGAGCCCAGCACCCGAGCAAGCAGAAAAGAAGAUCGUGAGGAAGGAGCAGCCUCCGGAACUAAGCAAUGGAGACUCAACCAGGAAACUUCCUCAGGGCGUGGUUUAUGGCGUGGUUCGAAGAUCCGAUCAGAACCAGCAGAAGGAAAUGGUGGUGUACGGCUGGUCGACCAGUCAGCUGAAAGAAGAGAUGAACUACAUCAAAGACGUGAGAGCCACCCUGGAGAAAGUGAGGAGGCGCAUGUACGGAGACUAUGGCGAAGUGCGGCAGAAGAUCCGCCAGCUCACCCAAGAGCUGUCAGUUUCCCAGGCCCGGCAGGACUAUCUAGAGAGCCACAUCCAGACCCAGUCCUCGGCCCUGGAUAGUUUCGAUGCCAUGAACUCAGCCUUGGCGUCGGACUCCGUUGGCUUGCAGAAAACCCUUGUGGACGUGACUUUGGAAAACAGCAACAUCAAGGAUCAGAUGAGGAAUCUGCAGCACACGUAUGAGGCGUCCGUGGACAAACUGCGGGAGAAGCAGAGGCAGCUGGAGGCGGCGCAGGUGGAGAACCAGCUGCUGAGGAUGAAGGUGGAAUCCUCCCAGGAGGCCAACGCUGAGGUCAUGAGGGAGAUGACCAAGAAGCUGUAUGGCCAGUACGAGGAGGAGCUGCGUGAGGAGCGGCGGCGGCACCACGCCGAGAGGGAGGCUCUCCUGGAGGAAACCAACAGUUUUCUGAAGGCAGUUGAAGAGGCUAAUAAGAAGAUGCAAGCGGCGGAGAUCAGCCUCGAGGAGAAAGAUCAGAAGAUCGGGGAGCUGGACAGGCUCAUUGAGCGCAUGGAGAAGGAGCGGCACCAGCUGCAACUCCAGCUUCUGGAGCAUGAGACGGAAAUGUCUGGGGAGAUCCCUGCGGCUGACAAGGAGAGGUAUCGGCAGCUGGAGGAAGCCUCAGCCAGCCUCCGAGAGCGGAUCCGACACCUGGACGACAUGGUGCACUGCCAGCAGAAGAAAGUCAAGCAGAUGGUGGAGGAGAUCAUGUCGCACGAGCUCUUCUCCAGACUUAGUCUCCGGCUCUUUGGAAGAUGAUGGCCUGGCCGUCUGCUGGGGGUAGAAGAGGUUCUUUUCACCGACCGUGACUGGGGAGCAGGUGGUACUGAGGAACAAGAUGGGACGACCUGGCCAUGCGGGCCCUCUGUGGUGAGGACACCACACACGGUAGCCUCAACUUGGACAGCCUCACAAAGCUGAGUCAGGAAAACAGAAAAAUCCGCAGAGCAUAUUUAGAAACUUGAGUUCCUAGACCUCCAAGAAAGUCCUGUACUGAAAAAUUAUUCCUAAAAGUCAUCCGGAAAGUAAGUGGAGCCUGGCCUAACGCCCUGAAAGUCGAGCCCUGCCUUAUAGGAAGGCUGCCAAGGACUUCUUCUGGGGGAAGGUGGCACAGAGCGCGAAGGACCCACACGCCCGCAGGAAGAGCUCUGUCCUGGACCGCACCCACGCCCUGCAUAAGCAGCCUGGCAUCCACGCAGUGUGACAAAGUGUGCUUCUGGGAGGUGGCCCUGAGACUUUCCUUUCUGCAUGGCUGUCAACACCACUGGCCAACGUCUUGCUCAUCUUAAGUGGCUUGGCCCGCUUCUGUCACUGAAUGGACAACUCAGCCAAGAAAAAGAGAAGUCUGUCUGCUAGAAUGCCGUCUGGGCCCCACACUCCAUGCAUCUGUUUUGGUAGAGGUUUUGCUCGACAGCCACACAUGCUGGUAUUUCUCCAGAAAUGCACCCAGUGAGAGGUACAGGGGCAGCGGUCUAGUCAAGGGUGGCACUGGCCCUCAAGCCAGUGGGCUGGGCUGUCGGCGUGAAUUCCUGGAGGCAGGGUCCCUGGGCCAGGGCCUCCUUCUCCUCUCCCACCGCAUGUCCAUGGCAAGGGGCUAUGUGGGUACCUUCCUGCUGAGAUUUGCCUCUGGUCUGCAUUUUGGUGCUUCUGCCCAGCUUAGGCCAAAAGGGCGAGGGAAGGGGAGGAAGUGAUGCACAAUCUGCAUUCGCAGGUGGCCAUUUUGGCGGGCACGGUGCUCAGUUCAAAUGCAGACCCUGCACGCGCUGCGGGGUCUGCAGGGGGCUUGCGUCACCGUGGGAAAUUACUCCUGCAGACCUUAUCCUGCACCGUUUCUGGGGGCUCCUUUACUGCUCUGGCAUGUUUCUGAGUCUCUGGUGGAAAUGUCUCUGGCAUUUGUUCUGGUGGAACAGACUUGUUACCAUUUCUGAAAGUGGAAUAACGUGAAUUUAGGGACUGCUGCGGCCUUCUGAGGAGUGGGCCAUUGGUGUGAGUCAGCGGGGUGGCAGGCUUCUUCCGUCCUGGAGUCUUCUUCUUGGCUUCGGACAGCCUACGGCCUGAGGAGCCUGGUUAAUGCGGCAGAUGGGGAGCAAAGCACCCAGAGGGCAACACCCGCCUUAGCGCCUCCUGCUGCUCUGUGCUCACACUGCAUGUGCCUUCUUCGCCCCAGCCUCAGGGUCUGACUUCCUGGAGAUCUCGAGCCUGCCUCCCCUACCCCACAGGACCCAUCUCCAUCUGCUCUGCUCUGCCUCUGCGGGUGAGCCUCGCUGACCUCUUUCCUGCCUACACGGUGGCAUUUCUGUUAACUGGAUGUACUGCCAGCCGGGCCUCAGUUCAGUGUUUAAGUCCUGCCCCACCUCCCCACCCACCCCUCCUCCCUCACCCUGCCCUUCACUGGACCCCAGCGCCCCCCAGAGGAGAUGCUCUGCAAGGGUUUCAGGCAGAAUUUGUGACAGUCCAUCCAAGCGUAGGGUCUCGGGGCCUAGUGGUUAACAUGCAUCAGUUACUUCUUUACUGCCUGAAUUCUUUAGAAGGCAUCUGGGAGAACACAGUGGUGUCCACCCUCCCCGGCAAUCUACUGCAGGCAUGCCCACGGCAGGAAUUGGUGGGCACAUUUUCCCGCAAACUGUCCUUUCUAGGAGAAGGUCUCUUUGCAGCAGUGUCACUGAACCCACGUUCUCUUUGUAGAAAUGGCCUCUGGUUGGCCGUGAGCAUUUUCCCAGAGAGCAGGUGCAAAUUUCUGCCCCUAGAAAACAUACAAGGCUGCACAGUUGGUGUCCGAAGCCUCGCCAACAGCAGAGUAGCCUCUGCCCUCAGGCUGUGGAGACAGACCCCGUCCUGCCCUGUUCACCUCCACCGAGGCAUGACUCGCCCAGUUACAAAUGAGGUUUAGAGUCAGAAAAUAUCAGUAGCCAGCAGUAUCUCAGCAAAUCGUCAAGGCUCUGGUCUACACCCAGAUCUUUGAGUCCAAAGCCAGGCUUUGUCAUUUCUUAGUUUUUAACUAUGAAAGGAAAUUAAAGUACAGGAAAUUAUAGAGUACAACAAAAAACACAACCUGUCUCCUCCACUGCCUUUUGCAAAUAACAUAUUACAGGCAAAGACAAAGCUGUCCUGUCUUUCUCCUGCCCAGCUCUCCCCUCCUCCUGCCAUCCCACACGUCUAUCACAGAGAUGCAGGCCUCGUAUUAGUACCCAGCCUAGUGUGUGUCUAAAAAUUUACACAAAUUUUAAUUUAUAAUUUAAAUAACAAGUAGCAUUGUCAACAUUUUUUCCUAAGUGUUUAAUAUUACAGAUUAAAUUCUUCGUUUCAGUAAUAAGUGUACUGUGUUUGAUACAUUACAAUCUGCUUGUCCUGUAGUUACAGGUUUAAUUUUCAAAGUCUUAUUUUCCCACAACAGAGGGAAACCUGUCUGUAUGUGUCUUUCACUAACAAGCACACAUGGGGGGCGCUGCCAGGAGGUGGCUGAUGUAGGGUCGGGGUCACUGGGCGCAGCUGGUGCUCUGCUGUGCACAACGCUGCCCGUCGCGUUGGGUACAGCAGAGCUUUGCAGACAUUCACCACCACAUGGCCCUCGAUGCACUAUAAUUUUGGCCAGUCAUGAAAUUGAAUCUCAUUCUUUACAUUUUGAUUUGCAUCAGUCUGAUUUCUACCCAUUACCAGUGGUGAGAACGAAUGACUUCUCAUGAGGUCACUGGACACUUCAGUGUCCUUCUUUAUGAAUUUGUGUUCCUAUCCCUUGUACAUUUUGAUAGGAGGUUUUUGUCUUUCUUCCUGCUCAUUUGUAUGGACUCUGCAGAUUAUUCAUAUAAUCAUCAAAAAAAAAAAAUUGUCCGGCAUUGCUGUCUCCUAUGCAGAAGUGUUUGUUGUUUCUCUUGUAUAAUUUUUAAAUUUCUGUGGUGCUAACAGUUGUCAGCGUUUCUGUGCUGUGCUGUGUGCCUUAUUUGUCAUAAACAUAUCUUCUGUAAUAGUUUUAAAAUUUUCUUUUCCUUUAGAUUUUUAGUUACCACCCGCAUGUCUGCCCUCCAUCACUCCCAUAUCUUUUUUCUGCGUAGCACUGAUCACUUCACCUUUUUUCCUGUUUGUUAUCUCUUUUUCCCUCCAGUAGAAUGUAAAUUCCAGGAGGCAGGGAUUUUCUUCUGUUUAUGACUGUACCCCUAACACUUGGAAUGGUCACUGGUAUAUAGUAGAUGCUCAAUAAAUAGUUUUGGACAAAUA